AGACGCCCAUCAUCUGUGGUCUGGUUGGUCGGUAUUCUGUGCCGCCCGGACUGGUUUAAGAGGAUCAAGAGCCGUUUCCGUGAGUCUGAUUCCCUUCGGUCUCGAGCGCAGCCGCCGCCAUGCCUGGCCACGUCGUCAAGAGCACCGGGCCCGACCCCGACCCCACCGAGUUCCUGUUCGUCUCCUUGGAACAGAAGCGCAUCGACCAGACCAAGCCUUACGACGCCAAGAAGUCCUGCUGGGUUCCUGAUGAGAAAGGUGGCUUCCACGAAGGUGAGAUCCAAGGAACUAAGGGCGACUUGGUUACUGUGACCAUCCCCGGCGGUGAGACUAAGAAUUAUAAGAAGGACCUGGUGGCUCAGGUCAACCCUCCCAAGUACGAGAAAUGCGAGGACAUGUCCAACCUGACCUACCUGAACGAUGCCUCCGUCCUGUACAACUUGAAGACCCGUUACCAAGCCAGACUCAUCUACACCUACUCUGGUCUCUUCUGCAUCGCCGUCAACCCCUACAAGCGUUACCCUAUCUACACCAACCGAACCGUCAAGAUCUACCAGGGCAAGAGGCGUAACGAGGUGCCUCCCCAUCUCUUCGCCAUCUCCGACGGCGCCUACAUGAACAUGAUUCAAGCGGGCGAAAACCAGUCAAUGCUUAUCACGGGUGAGUCUGGCGCCGGCAAGACUGAGAACACGAAGAAGGUGCUGUCCUACUUCGCCAACGUCGGCGCCUCCAAAAAGAAGGGAGAUGACAACAAACCGAACUUGGAAGACCAAAUCGUCCAGACGAAUCCUAUCCUGGAGGCCUUCGGCAACGCGAAGACUACCCGCAACGACAAUUCUUCUCGCUUCGGUAAGUUCAUCCGCAUCCACUUCGCCCCCAACGGCAAGCUCUCCGGCGGCGACAUCGAGGUGUACCUGCUGGAGAAGGCUCGCGUCAUCUCGCAGCAGCCGCUCGAGCGAUCCUACCACAUCUUCUACCAACUUAUGUCCGACCAGGUCCCACUGAUCAAGCCUCACUGCCUUCUCAGCAACAACAUCUACGACUAUCACUUCGUGUCUCAGGGCAAAGUAACCGUGCCAUCCAUCGACGACAAAGAGGACAUGGAAUUUACUCAUCAAGCCUUCGAUGUUCUCAAUUUCUCUGAACAAGAGCGAUUAGACUGCUACGCUCUCACUGCUGUCGUAAUGCACUUCGGUGAGAUGAAGUUCAAGCAGCGUGGUCGCGAGGAGCAGGCUGAGCCCGACGGCACCGACGUUGGCGAGACCAUCGGAAAGCUGUUGCUUGUUGACGGGACGGAACUAUACAAGAAUCUGUGCAAACCCAAGAUUAAGGUCGGUGCCGAAUUCGUGACGCAAGGCAGGAACGUAGAUCAAGUGAGCUACUCCGUCGGUGCCCUUGCUAAGGCCAUGUUUGAUCGCUUGUUCAGGUGGAUGGUGAAGAAGUGUAACGUUGCACUUGAAACCGGACAGAAGCGUGCCAUGUUCAUCGGUGUGCUCGACAUUGCCGGUUUCGAGAUCUUCGACUUUAACGGCUUCGAGCAGAUCUGCAUCAACUUCUGUAAUGAAAAGUUGCAACAGUUCUUCAACCACCACAUGUUCGUGCUGGAGCAAGAGGAAUACAAGAGGGAAGGCAUUAACUGGACCUUCGUGGACUUCGGUAUGGAUCUGCAGGCUUGCAUCGAACUUUUCGAGAAGAAACUUGGAAUUCUUGCCAUCCUUGAGGAGGAAUCCAUGUUUCCUAAGGCUACCGACAAGUCAUUUGAAGAAAAGCUGAAAGCCAAUCAUUUGGGAAAAUCACCCUGCUUCGUCAAGCCGAAGCCACCCAAGCCCGGCCAGAAGGAGGCGCACUUCUCCAUCGUCCACUACGCCGGCACGGUGCCCUACAACCUCACCGGCUGGCUCGAGAAGAACAAGGACCCCCUCAACGACUCUGUUGUGGACCAGCUCAAGAAGUCCAGCAACGCCCUCCUUGUGGACCUUUUUGCCGAUCACCCUGGUCAAUCCGGAGGUGCUGACGAGGGCAAAGGAAAGGGUGGUCGAGGUAAAGGUUCUGGCGGGUUCAAGACAGUGUCAUCAGGAUACAGGGAGCAGCUCAACAACUUGAUGAAGACCCUGAACGCCACGCACCCCCACUUUAUCCGUUGCAUCGUACCUAAUGAAACGAAGUCUCCCGGUGUUGUUGACGCCGGUCUCAUCAUGCACCAGCUGACCUGCAACGGCGUGCUCGAGGGCAUCCGUAUCUGCCGAAAGGGCUUCCCCAACAGGAUGGUGUACCCCGACUUCUGCCAUCGCUACGCCAUCUUGGCCUCGAAAGCAAUGGCCGCUGCAGGGGACCAGAAGGCUGCGGCGGGAGUGUGCCUCAGUGCCAUUUCGCUGCCGGAGGAAAACUACCGACUUGGUAACACAAAGGUGUUCUUCCGGGCUGGAGUUUUGGGCCAGUUGGAGGAAAUCCGCGACGACCGCCUCGCCAAAGUGCUCUCGUGGCUGCAGGCUUGGAUCAGAGGCUUCACGAGCCGAAUCCAAUACAAGAAGCUCCAGGAGCAGCGCGUCUCCCUCAUCGUCGUGCAGCGCAACCUGAGGAAGUACCUCAAGCUCCGCAACUGGCCUUGGUACCGCAUGUGGCAGAAGGUCAAGCCGCUCCUCAACGUCACUCGCGUCGAGGACGAGAUACGCGCCCUCGAGGAGAAGGCGGCCAAGGCCCAGCAGGAUUUUGAACGCGAAGCUAAACUACGCAAGGAGCUUGAGGUUGCCAACGUUACUCUUCUUGAGGAGAAGAAUAAUUUGAUGGCUGCUCUCGACUCUGCCAAGGGAAAUGCCAGCGACUUCCUUGACAAACAAGCCAAGCUUCAGGCCCAGAAGGCCGAUCUUGAAGCACAGCUCAAUGAAACCACCGAGCGCCUACAAAGUGAGGAGGAAGCCAAGAAUCAGCUGUUUCAGGGAAAGAAGAAAACGGAGCAAGAGGUUUCAGGCCUGAAGAAGGAUCUCGAAGACAUGGAACUCGUUAUUCAGAAGCUUGAGCAGGAGAAGUCGACAAAGGACCACCAGAUCCGCAACCUGAAUGACGAGGUGUCCCACCAGGACGAACUCAUCAAUAAAAUCAACAAGGAGAAGAAGCACCUGCAGGAAUGCAACCAAAAGACCGCUGAAGACCUCCAGGGCGUCGAGGAUAAGUGCAACCAUCUUAAUAAGGUCAAAUCAAAGCUUGAGCAAACCUUGGAUGAGCUUGAAGAUUCCCUUGACCGAGAAAAGAAGCUUCGCACUGAAGUGGAAAAAGCCAAAAGGAAGGUAGAGGGAGACUUCAGGCUGUGCCAGGAAGCGAUCGCCGACUUAGAGCGUAACCAAAAGGAACUUGAACAAAAUAUCCAACGAAAGGAUAAGGAAGUGUCGGGCGUCUCCAAUAAGCUUGAAGAAGAGCAAGGCGUCGUUUCGAAGGUGCAGAGACAGAUCAAGGAACUGCAGUCUCGCAUCGAGGAGUUGGAAGAGGAGAUCGAGCACGAGCGCCAGUCCCGGGCGAAGGCUGAGAAGUCGAAGAGCAACUUGAAUCGAGAGCUUGAGGAACUUGGAGAGCGUCUUGACGAAGCUGGCGGAGCCACUGCUGCGCAGAUUGAGCUGAACAAGAAGCGAGAGGCAGAGCUUGUCAAGCUCCGCCGCGACUUGGAGGAGUCCACGAUUCAGCACGAGGCGGCGCUGGCCGGCCACCGCAAGAAGCACAACGACGCCCUCGCGGAAAUGUCCGACCAAAUCGAUCACCUCAACAAAAUGAAAGCCAGACUUGAAAAGGACAAGGAUACCAUCAAGCGUGAUGCCGAUGACGCAAGAGCGGCUUUGGACGGAGUUACACGUGACAAGGCUGCCGCUGAGAAGACGAUCAAGCAGAUGCAGCAGAACACGAACGAGAUUCAGGCACGGCUGGAUGAGUCUAACCGCACACUGAAUGACUAUGAUGCUGCUAAGAAGAAGCUUGUGGUUGAAAAUGCUGAUCUCCUUCGUCAGUUGGAAGAGGCUGAGAGUCAAAUUGGUCAGCUUACAAAGCUGAAGCUUUCACUAACGAAUCAGCUCGACGACACCAGGAAACUUGCUGAUGACGAGAGCAGGGAACGUGCAACGAUCCUUGGCAAGUUCCGUAACCUGGAGCACGACAUCGAUGGUUUGCGCGAGCAGCUCGACGAGGAGAGCGAGGGCAAGGCCAACGUGAUGCGGCAGCUCUCCAAGGCCAACGGCGAGGCCCAGAUGUGGCGCUCCAAGUACGAGUCGGAAGGCGUCGCCCGCGCCGAGGAGCUGGAGGCCUCGCGCUUGAAGCUGGCUGCUCGACUCGAAGAGGCUGAAGGACAGAUCGAGCAACUGAACAUGAAAAAUCUCAGCCUCGAGAAGACGAAGCAACGUCUUUCUACUGAGAUUGAGGACAUGCAGAUCCAGGUAGAGCGGGCGCAGACUUUGGCAAAUUCUGCUGAGAAGAAACAAAAGAACUUCGAUCGCAUCAUUAGCGAGUGGAAAAUGAAGGUAGAUGACCUCUCCGCCGAACUGGACAGUUCGCAGAAGGAGUGUCGUAAUUAUUCAACUGAACUUUUCCGCGUUAGGGCUGCCUAUGAGGAAAACCUUGACCAGCUUGACACGGUUCGUCGUGAGAAUAAGAAUCUUGGGGAUGAGAUCAAAGACCUAAUGGAUCAGAUUGGAGAAGGAGGCCGCUCACUUCACGAGAUCCAGAAGAAUUCCAGGCGUCUGGAGAUCGAAAAGGAAGAGCUCCAGGCAGCCCUCGAAGAGGCUGAGGCAGCGCUAGAGCAGGAGGAAAAUAAGGUGCUUCGUGCUCAGCUUGAACUGAGCCAAGUACGACAGGAGAUUGACAGGCGCAUCCAAGAGAAGGAGGAAGAGUUUGAUAAUACUCGCAAGUGUCACCAACGGGCUAUUGACUCCAUGCAAGCUUCCCUUGAGGCCGAGUCCAAGAGCAAAGCCGAGGCACUGCGCAUGAAGAAGAAGCUCGAGUCGGACAUCAACGAGCUUGAAAUCUCCCUCGACCACUCCAACAAGGCCAAUGUCGACCUCCAGAAGCACAUUAAGAAGAUCCAGAACGAUAUGAAGGACUUGCAAGUUCGCAUGGAGGAGGAGCAGCGACUGUCUUCGGAUUACCGUGAUCAAUAUAACAUGUCGGAGCGUCGCGCCAACGCUCUCCACGGUGAACUGGAGGAGUCACGCACCCUUCUGGAGCAGUCUGACCGCGGACGCCGCCAGGCUGAGUCCGAGUUGGCCGAAGCGAACGAGAACAACGCCAGCCUCGCAGCGCAGGUCAACUCCAUGACAGUCGCCAAGAGAAAGCUGGAGGGCGAGAUGCAGACCCUUCAGGCCGACCUUGAGGAGAUGCUGAACGAAGCCAGGAACUCGGAGGAGAAGGCCAAGAAGGCCAUGGUUGACGCCGCUCGCCUGGCCGACGAGCUCCGUGCCGAGCAAGAGCACGCCCAGAACCAACAGAAGAUGCGCAAGGGCCUUGAAGCAUCUCUCAAGGAACUUCAGCUACGUCUGGAGGACGUCGAGGGCAAUGCCAUGAAGACUGGAAAGAAGGCAAUUUCCAAACUUGAAAGCAGAGUCCGUGAACUGGAGAGCCAGGUUGAUGACGAGGCUCGCCGUCACGCCGACGCCCAGAAGAACCUGAGGAAGUGCGAGAGGCGCAUCAAGGAGCUCAGCUUCCAGUCCGACGAGGACAAGAAGAACCACGAGAGGAUGCAGGACCUGGUCGACAAGCUCCAGCAGAAGAUCAAGACCUACAAGCGCCAGAUCGAGGAGGCCGAGGAGAUCGCCGCCCUCAACCUGGCCAAGUUCCGCAAGGCCCAACAGGAGCUGGAGGAGGCUACCCAUUGCGCUUAAGUUUAUAUUUCCUACAAUUACCUAGUCAUAGAGACAAAUCUAAAAUGCUGAUCAUCGCAGAUGGAGGAACUUUUUGUUGUCAGUUUUGUAAAGAGUGAAUAAAAGAUACACAUAGGAAUUCUCUAAUAUUUAGAUAUUGAGAAACUACUGUAUUGCUCAAAUCGGAAUUGCCAAAUCCUACUUCUGUAUCUGUCCUAGAUUACUCCUAAUAAAUAAGA